GAGGCCUCCCCGCCGCCAAAAACCUGUGUUUGUUAUUUGUACCAUCUAAGUAGUCAAAAACAAUGUCGUUCCCUCCUGCCUCCGCGGGGCCCAGCGCAGUAAGGACCUAUCUGACUGACUUACUCAUCUCCAAACAUGACACAACCCCCGACUUCGCCCAAGAAGUAGCCGGUCACUGGCGCUUGGGUCGGCCGAAUGAUCUCCGCGAUGCAUCGGCCCGAUAUUUCAGAACGAUAUUCGGAGACGAUGUUGGGCCUUUUCUCUACCGAACCGUCCAGGAGGACAUCAAAGAACAGUGGUACAGCUCCUCAGCCGGGGUACGCAACUUCUGGAUCAUGGUGCUUUCUCUAGUAAUAUCGAUACUGUUUCUGGCUCGGGCUGUACGUGGGAAUUCAAGUCAAACAAUGGCAGCUUCUUUAUUUUACGCCGGCUUGUCCUUUGGGCCGCCCAUGGUUUAUUGUGGGGUUCAGGAUCAGUUCAGUCCCUGGCAAUUUGCCCGAACUUUUAUCGGGAGUAUUGUAAGCUUGCUGACUUUUGCGGCGGCGUUUGUCCAUUUCUUAGACCGUUAUGCGGUAAAACAGAAGAGGGAAGGCGAGGAUAAGACAGAGUGUAGUGGGAAAGAAAAAUAAGUAGGCUUGUAGCUUGUUUCUCUGUAUAUAUAGGUAAACGGAUGACCAGCGGCCAAAACCCAGCCACUGGCCUAGAAGAUGUGCCAAUACUCCAUAGUUAGAUUCUUUUUUAAUUUUGGAAAGGGUUCGAG